UCGUGAUUUAGCAAACAGGAGCCUUUCAGCUCAACCCCCGUCUCCAGCGCUCACCCCAUCGCACUUAAAUGCUGACUUGACUGUCAGUAUGGAUCAAAAAAUUACCCGGGAGGUCAAGGCCAAGGUCGAGCAAAAGAUCAAGGAUCUUGCUGAUACUCAGUACAAAGCGGUUGCUCAUCGAGUAGAUCUUAUCUACCGCGAUUCGAUCGAGCCGUUCCAGACAAAGUGCCUGUGUAUUGAGGAAGAACUGGCGAAGAUGAGGGAGGAGAACUUGAAGAGACAGCAGGCUGAGGAGAAGAUGAGAGAGGAGCUGUGGGGGGUGAUUCGCAAGAUGCAGACUGAAAUCGAGGAGUUGAAGAAGGGGCGUGCCCGAGAAAGUGUUGAGGAGAGGUUCACUGCAGACGCCUUCGACAGCAUCAACCAAAACAACGGCACCAUCACAAAGACGAGAAGCCGUGGACACAUACGGAAGGAUAGUCAGCCGACAACUGAAGAUUGGGCUGCUUUGGAAGCGUUUGAGUUGAGUCCGAUGAGCAUGAGGGGGCCGACUUCUCGGGAGGAGAACGUGCAGAAUUACACGUCCUCCGCGCUGGUGCCGUUCAGUUCUCAGGUCGACAAGAACACAAAUGCUCCCAGCACAAAGGGACUCGGUCAAACUGGAACCCCGGGCUCGGUGGUAAGCGGCUUGGACUUGACCACUCGACCAGCUAACAGAGGACAACAGAGUGUGGCCAGUCUUCGAAAUACACACAUCGCCGACUCCGAGCCUACGAUUCCCUAUCCGAAAUUUCGCGCACACAGUAAUGGUAUUAUCCUUCUGGCAUCCGAUAGCGACGAUGAAAACUGCUCGGAAUCGACAGCCUCCGCGAAGAGAGGCUCUACCUCCCAGUUUUCUCUCCGUCCAGGAAGACAUUCUCAAGGUACGGGAGCAACAACGACAUCUCGCAGCCGCAGUCCCCGUCCCAGUCUCGACGCGAGCUUCCGCGUCCGCGACGAUUCACAAUCCGUGACCAAGUCCAAGUCACGCUCAACCCACCGCCGCUCCACCUCCUCGAGCUCCAUUCAAAGCAUUCCCAACGACAACGACAUCGACCUCUCCUCCCAGUCAAUCCCUUCCCGCUUCCAACCGAGCCGCCGAACCAAGUCGGCUAAUGAGCUGAUUGACAAACACCUCUCCUUCAUCCCUAACGGGUGGCGGACGAUCAUUGCCAACACGGCCAAGCAGCUGAGCCCAGAGGACUGGGAUCGGUCAGAUGCGAGAGUGUUGAAGAAGCUGGAGGAGCAUUGCACGGCUUUCAGCAACUUGGAGGAGAUUCUGCCGGAUGUCAGGAUGGCUGUGCCGGCUUUAAGGGAGUUGAUGAGAGAGUUGGGGAGACAUCCUUAAACGUCCUAGGAUGAGGACUCUUGAGGAGAAUGAUUGUGUUGGAGGAGGAAGAUUAUUUGCUUGAACACUUGCUCAAUGGACGAGAUUUCGGUCAGUAAAAAUGAAGGAUGUCAGCCAAAUGAUGGAGUUUACAUGUAUGGGAAUCAAGGGACUAGACCUAGGUUUUAUCUGGGAUCUUUUCUGAUCUUGGAGUUGUUGAUGGCGUGAACGUCGACGUCGACGUCGACGAGGAACACCCCUUUUCAUGACCCUAACCCUAGCAAAUGGAUGGAUGUAGCCAGAGCGCAAACUGUACGAUUAGAUAGACUCGAAGGUUGAUCAAUCUGAGACAAAAAGGAACUUGCUAUCAAUGGCUUCCCUCAAUAGACAGCCGAUUAAAGUAAUGAUCUUCUUUAACAAAAGCUUCGCCGACGAAAUCUAGACUUAGUCUGGUGAUGUUUACAAGGCGGUUCGUGAUCUGCGGUGGUGGACGGAUCGCCGGACAACUCUUGCG